UCUCAUAAAUAAAACCCUUGUAUUAUCCAGAGCAUCUUCAAAUUCAUCACUACUCAAACCCUAGCCGCUCUUCUCUGUUUCUCUGCAUCUCCUAAAGAUGCAGAUCUUCGUCAAGACCUUGACGGGUAAGACCAUAACCCUAGAGGUAGAGUCCUCUGAUACCAUCGACAAUGUGAAGGCCAAGAUCCAGGACAAGGAGGGCAUUCCCCCGGACCAGCAGCGUCUCAUCUUCGCCGGUAAGCAGCUUGAGGAUGGUCGUACCCUCGCCGAUUAUAAUAUCCAGAAGGAGUCAACACUGCAUCUCGUUCUUCGGUUGAGAGGUGGCGCCAAGAAGCGUAAGAAGAAGACCUACACCAAGCCAAAGAAGAUCAAGCACAAGAAGAAGAAGGUUAAGCUCGCGGUGCUCCAGUUCUACAGGGUUGAAGAUGGUGGCAAGGUGCAGAGGCUGAGGAAGGAGUGUCCCAACGCCGAGUGUGGCGCCGGAACCUUCAUGGCAAAUCACUUUGACAGGCACUAUUGUGGUAAGUGUGGCCUUACCUAUGUGUACCAGAAGGCCGGCGGUGAUUGAUCCGAGAACCAUGAAACUUUUUUCGUCUUCUAAAGAGUUAUGUUUAUCUUAAUAGCUUUUUGGGGUUAGAUUUUAAAUUACGAAGUACUUCUGGAAUUUAUACCUUCUCUGUUAUGGUUUAUUUUGUUACUUUGGAUGUUCAUUGUGGAUUUUAAGUGAUUAAAUUUAUUAGCUUUUUAAACUA